AUGACGCAGUUGCCGAAGCUGGUGUGCUUCACGACAGUCGUCGCUGGCCUGAUCGUGUUGCUGACCCUAUACACCGUCUCGACUCUCCGGACAGCCGAUGGUGACGCGACCGUCGUGGGCGUGAACUCAGCGGGCUACAGCGUCACCGAUGGGUGGAAGGCGCUGCACUUUUCCAAGGCCGCCUACUGCGACGUGGCGGAUUUGAGGCACUGGGGCUGCGGCGUCACCUGCGCAAACGCCACUCCUGAAUUUCAGGUCUUCAACAUCUACGAAAACAACUCGACCGGCAACGUCGGAUACAGCGGCGUUGACCAUGACGCGAAGCGGAUUGUCGUGGCCUUCCGCGGUACGUACAACACGGUGAACUGGCUUCAAAAUUUGGACUUCCGGCUCACGUCAUACCCGCACCCCGGCUGUGGAAAUGGCUGCAAGAUUCACCGCGGCUUCUACAAGGCUUACAGCAGCCUUCGCGCACAAAUGAUCGACGAUGUGCUGUUGUUGCAUGCGCGGUAUCCCCUCUACACCCUCUUCAUCACUGGCCACUCCCUCGGUGGUGCAAUGGCCAUGCUCGCUGCCGUCGAGCUCGCAACGUGGAACAUGUUGGAGGGUGACGUACUGGGCAAGGGCGUGCAGUCCCGCAGUGCGGCCUCCCCGCCAUUGCACCUGGCACCGGUGGAGCUCUACACGUUUGGUGAACCACGCGUGGGAAACGGGUACUUCUCGAACUGGUCUCUGUCUGUCUUGACCAGAAAGCGGUCGUUUCGCCUCACCCACGCGAAGGACCCUGUACCGCACGUGCCACCGCGCCUGUUCACCUAUGUGCACACGCCACAGGAGGUGUGGUACCCCACGGAUGACGAAAAGUACCACCUGUGCCAGGGCACAGGCACCUCCGAGGACCCGCUCUGCAGCGACAGCGUGCUCGGCACAAAAGUGUCGGACCAUCUCAUCUACCUCGGUAUUUGCACGCGAUGCGAGUGCACGGCGGAAGAGAUGGAGAAGAUCUACAGCUACGAGCUGCCACCCGAGAUCUAUAAUAUUAUCGCCCUCGAUCAUGCCAUGAACAACCCAAACUUUACAGGCCACCGAGCUCUCUAG